GCGUAACUGAAUGCCGGUGUUACAGUGCGCUAUAGUCUUGCACAACUUUGGUACUUAAAUAAAUCGAGCUUUUGCUACUAUGCUAUAGUUGGUGCUAGAUAAGCAGGUGGAGUCUGGUGGGAGUCGUCUUCGACGGGAGCAGCGUGGAGCGUCGUCCCUUCUUCGCCAGGUCCAGGGUCUGCCAGAAUGAGCCAUGGCGCAGCUACCCUCGCCGCGCUUGCGCCACUACAGAACAAUGACGGCCAUCUGCUUCGUCUGCAACCUUCCGAUCCUCUCGCACCAAGUCGGUCUCGUAUGGCAGGGCGGCAACGGCUGGGACGACCUGGUGCGCGAGCAAGUCGAAGAGUCGACCAUCAGACAGCGUCUGGGCGGCCGCAGAGACUCCGCCACGCAAAUCUGCAGCAUCUCCCCGCCGACGGAGACCCAGGAGACCUCGCCGCCGACGUCGGGCACGACGCGCCGUCGCCGCAGUUCCCUUGCGCAACUCACCGACAUCCUCCGCGAAUGGGGCGGCUCGACGAAGAGCCGCCAGAAGCAGCUGUGUCGCAGGGAGACUCUGGCGGAUUUGGCGCGCUCGCUGCCAUGGGGUCGGCAAUCCACCACCGAAGCCGGCCCCACGCCCAGCAUCUCCACCGCGCGCAAACGGAGAGAAUCUAGCGCCGACUCCGGCAUCAGAAGCAUGGGCUCCAAGUCGCGACGCGACUCCCAUCACACUGCCAUUUCGGAUUUCCGAUCGGAAGUUGCUAAAUUAUGGACGAGGAGAGAGUCAACCACGACGAUGGUGACCACGAGCACGUCCCCGAGACGAGGUAGUGGCGAAUCGAGCAAAAGCGGACGACGAGACUCCGUCUCGCACUCGCAUGGGGCUUCCAGGAGAGGCUCGGGGGAGAGUGGACGUAGUGGACGACGUGACUCCACGACGAUUAUCACACCACCGCCACCGAAAAUCGUAGCCGCGCAAAAAAAACGCAGAGAUUCACGAACUAUCAAUGACACUCCUUACUAUCGACAAGAACAAAGACCGUCAACGUCGUCCACAGCGUCCGAUUCAACACCUCUUGUAACACAAAGUGUGACAACUGAUACGAGUACAACAACACAAGUUAUUUCACCUCCUACUAUUAUCAUGUCCAGUGUUACACCUCCAGCAACCUCUCCAACGGUGCAAGCCACCACUCCAACCCAUCCUUUGUUAGCCACCCGACGCGAUUCGACCACACAAUGUGGCCGUUUGGGUCGGAGAGACUCCCGGAGUCAUGCCAGUCCGGAGCGUAGUAGCAAACUCUCGCGUUUGCAACGCCAAAAUACAGCAUACGAUGAGAGUUGUUUACCACCUGGGGGUUGGAGUCGUCGAGGGUCACAACCAACAGCUCUUAGUCCCGAUGUUGAUGAUACAGGUCGCAAAGCACGUCGUGAUUCACUUAGUCCGGACUCGGCUUCGCGGAGUCGACGUGACUCCAGGUCGCAUUUAAGCCCGGAUCGAUCCGGGGAAAGAGACAUUAGUCCGGUUAGGCGGACACGACGAGGACGCUUACGACGACAAUCUACCAGUGUUGCACGAGGUGGAGGACCAAGAUCCCCAGAUAGUUCGAGUUGUUCCAGUAGAGAUCCUAGUCCUUCCAAUAGACCCGUUCCUCCUCCUACUGAAAAUUACAGACCGACUAUUCGAAGACAGUCCACAACUGAGGAGAUUCUCAUCGCGAGAGGAUUCCGAAGACAGUCAACAACGGAGGAAAUGAUCCGUUGUCGAAAUUUUCGGCGACAAAGCUCGCAAAGUGAUGAUUGUCAAAGAUAUAGAGGGAGGAGGGAUUCGAGUGCACAAAUCCUCGAUGGUACAAUCGCUUCCAUGACUGUUGAAACUUCCAGCACAUUCUUUGACUCGAGUACACAAACAGAACCUUCGCCGCUGUACGACAAUAAUCACUAUCACGAGGAAUGUUUGCGAUGCAAUUCGUGCGGACUCAAUUUGACGGGUCCCAACCAGAAGCGAGCAAGACGCUUCAAAAACCAAAUACUCUGCGACUUACACUUCGCUGACGUUGCUCUUAUGGAGUGUUCCGACUUCAUGCAGCAACUUCGUGCUUUCAAGCCGCAGUCAUUGGGAUGUGCUGUGGCGAGAAGAAAGUCCUCAACAACUCUUAUUUUUCCUCUACCACCGCAAGCCUGUUCAGAUGAAUUCUGCGAAGAAUUCCCCCACAACUUUAUACCCACGCCCGGGUACUGGAUUGAAUGCUCCAGACAAAAAAUCACCUCUGAUACCAUUUGGGACGAGAGCGAGUCCGAUCAUGAGAUACAAGAAGGCGAUGAGGAGGACCACACCGAUGGGACCGACCAGGAGAAUGGACAUCCUUCCAGGAGACGCGAUCGCAGUUGUAACGAUUUGUACGAAGACGAUGAAGAGGACGACUCGUCAUCCCCGCGCAAAAAAACCACAAUAGAAGAGCAAUGGGAGAAAAACCAAGGUUUCGAGCUCACCAGUGUGGAACAAGAGACCUACGAAAAAUAUUUCUACGGUACCGAACAUUGGAAUUACUUCACCAAUGAUGAAGAUUUAGGUCCUGUCAUCCUCUCGAUUAAGCAAGAAACCUUAAAUUCCCGGGAUCAAUUUAGGAUAUUAGUGAGAGCAAUCAGUUACACGGUCCACGGUCUGAUUCCUGCCAGUUGUGUCUUCGCCGAUCGUUAUAAUCGGGAGGAGGUGGUGAGGUCGUUGGGUAAAGAAGUUAACAUUAAUCCACCCCUAACUCUCGGACAACUUCCCGAUACGCCGGAAGAACUCUUAAAAUUAGAUCAAGUUUUCAUAAAAUCGGAGCUAAAAGUGGGUGUGAUCUACGUGAAAGAAGGGCAAUACACCGAAGAGGAGAUUUUAGACAAUAACGACAAUUCGGUGCUGUUUGAAGAGUUUCUGCAGCUUUUCGGUGAGAAGGUGCGUUUGAAGGGCUUCGAUAAAUACAAGGGCGGUUUGGAUACAGUUCACGAUUUGACAGGCUUAUAUUCGGUUUACACAAACUGGAGGAACAUCGAAAUCAUGUUUCAUGUGAGUACUUUGCUCCCUUACGAGAAGCACGACCCCCAAAAGCUGCAAAGGAAGCGACACAUAGGCAACGAUAUCGUCUGUGUGGUGUUUCUCGAAGCUGAUAACACGUCAUUUUCACCGGCUUGUAUCAAAAGCCACUUUCUUCACACUUUUAUUUUAGUGCGUACUUCGCCUCGAAUUAAGAGGAAGCCCACUCGAUAUGAAGUGUCGGUCGUUACUCGUGAUGAAGUGGGUGCCUACAAGCCUUAUCUAUGGGAGCAAAGUGUUUUCGACAAGGGGCCGAUGUUCAGGGAGUGGCUUCUCACCAAAAUCGUGAACGGUGAAAGGGCCAGUUACUCGGCACCGAAAUUUGCAAGGAUGCAAGAAAGGACAAGGUCGCAAAUGCUCGAGGACAUUGUGGCCAAUCUACAAAACCACGCUGAGACGGGACAAAUUCCCAAGCCUUACAGAAGAGGCUCGUGGCGGCCUAUAGGCCACAUGCGUCCCUCCUCCCCCCUCCUGGACAGCGUCCGCGACCAAUUCGAAGACUACGACCAAAUCGCGAAAGACUUCACUCGGAUGUUCCUCAACACCGAAUCGAACUGUUUGGCCAACGCCCAACUCUUCGACGUGACCUUCCUCGUGGGCCAAUCCAAGCAGAAGGCCAAACUCGUGGGGGUGCGCGCCAUCCUGGGGGUUCGUAGUCGCGUCUUCCAGGAGAUGUUGUACGGCAUCCAGACAGGAUUCGGUUCGCCCCAAGUGCCCGUGGCUGAACUCCUCGCAAGGCCAGUCCCGACCCUCCUCAGCCCCCAGCAGAGUAGGCCGAAGAGUAGCAACUUCCUCCAGGUGCCGGAUAUCGAGUCGCCGAGGCCCAAGAGCGUCCCCAGCUCGCCGAUGGUCAAAAGGGCCUUCUCGCGGCUGGGGACCAUCACCGCCGGCUGGGGGAGGUCCAUCAGGAAGCACAAUGCGCAGCAGCUCUCCGCCGAGGAUAAGAAGAAGUGGGCCAGUAGCCAAGACUGCUCAAAUAAGGACGGAAAGGACAAGGAAGGGAAGGAUAAGCCGACGGCGGCCCAAUUGCCCGUCCCAAGACUGAGCGUAUGCGCCGAUGCUCAGAAAGUCGAUCGUGCCAAAUUGGCACAGACUGAAUUUUCGAUAAUCGAAUUCGAUCCAGACACAUUCCGGAUAUUACUGGAUUAUUUACAUACCGGAUCUUGUCCGCUCACUUGUUCCACCAUUCCGGGAUUGAUUUGCGCUGCUGAGCAUUACGACCUUCCUGAGCUGCUUCAAGCCUGCUUCCACCAUGCCAAACAAUUCCUGAGAAUAGAAGUCGUGUGUUGUAUGUUAUGCUCGCUGGAGAAUUACUACUGGAGAUAUACCUCCGCGUCAGAAUUGGUCAAUAUGAUUUUGGCCUUUGUCGAAACUCGCACUUAUGCCCUUUUCACCACCCCGGAGUUUCUCACACUGAGCGAGUCGAUGGUUCAGAUGAUCAUGUGCAGGAAUUUGGAAGUUCCCGAAGUGAGGAAGUUCGAAGCCAUGUUAGCCUGGGCGCGCCACAAGAUCCGAACCAAGACUUCAAGUAAACUGGAUGCCAAGUUAGAAUUCAAGUGCAUUAUGGAAAGACUGGCGCGCGAUUUGAAACUGUACCGAAUCUCCCCGCAAGAACUAAUCAAAGUGGUGUUGCCGUCGAAAGCCAUCAAGAACGAGCGCAUCCUGGAGACGCUCAUGUUCCAGGCGAAUUCGGGGAUGUACCGGAUCCAGGACUCGUAUCUGAAAGAGUGUACCCAAAGACUGCAGAAACAGGACUCCCGAUUUUCGGAAUGGGAGUCUUUCGAUUACAGUACUUAGGACUUUUUUGUGACUAGAUUAGAAGACAAUCAAUGAGCAAUUUCUGCAUCCAUCAACAAACAAUAAACAAAAUUUAUGUAAAGCCAUGCCAACUGGGAACAAGUGAUUCAUGUUUUAUAUAAAAAAAAAUGGGUGUGAUUGCAGACAAUCUAUUAUGAAUUAAGUGUCUGCCUUGCGUGUACGAUUUUUUAUUCUUGCAAGCAGUCUCGGUCAAUGUUUAUUGUUGUUUUCGUGCAAUUCUGGAACUGUUUCAAUGAUAUCGGAAUUUAUUUGUGCGCCUUUACACCGAGUUAUUUUCAACUGUUAACUGUAUUUAUAGGAAUCGUGUAUUUGAUCUGUUUUUUUCGUACCUGUGUUGUGAAGAAUACUCGGCAGGUUACGUGGACCCUGUCUGUAUAGAGACUUGUUGCUGUUUGUAAUCGUGUUCGAUGUUUCAUAUUUGAAAAACACACACAAACCAGGUGUUUGUAAGACUAAAUAUAUUUUAAUUACUCUUAGAUAGCAAGAAAUGUUGACAUAUUUUGAUACUAAAUGACUAAAGAAAGACGAAAAAAAAUAACACAAGGCGACAAAAAAACUCAUGUCGUGACAACUUGACAAAUUUUAUAUCAUCUCAGUGAGACAAAUCAAAUGCACUAAAAAAUUUUCAUA